CCGGGGCAGGCGGCCGGCAGCGCGGGGUGGGCUGCAGCCUGCAGCAGCUGCAGGGCUUGCCGGGGGCCAGCAUGUCCAAGCCGGUGGAUCACGUCAAGAGGCCCAUGAACGCCUUCAUGGUGUGGUCCCGGGCGCAGCGCCGGAAGAUGGCCCAGGAGAACCCCAAGAUGCACAACUCGGAGAUCAGCAAGCGCCUGGGGGCCGAGUGGAAGCUGCUCACCGAGGCCGAGAAGCGGCCCUUCAUCGACGAGGCCAAGCGGCUGCGGGCCAUGCACAUGAAGGAGCAUCCCGACUACAAGUACCGGCCCCGCCGCAAGCCCAAGACCCUGCUCAAGAAGGACAAGUUCGCCUUCCCGGUGCCCUACGGCCUGGCGGAUCCCGACCACCCGCACGGGCUGAAGGCGGCCGGGCUGCACGGCGGGGCCGGCGGGGGCCUGGUGCCCGACUCCCUGCUGGCCAACCCGGAGAAAGCGGCCGCCGCCGCCGCCGCCGCAGCCGCCCGGGUUUUCUUCCCCCAGUCGGCGGCCGCCGCCGCCGCAGCCGCCGCCGCCGCGGCCGCCAGCAGCCCCUACUCGCUGCUGGACCUGGGCUCCAAAAUGGCAGAGCUCUCGUCGUCCUCCUCCGCCUCGGCGCUGCCCUACGCCUCCUCCCUGGCCUACCCCGGCGCCGCGGGAGCCGGCGCCUUCCACGGGGCCGCCGCCGCCGCCGCCGCUGCCGCCGCCGCCGCCGGGGGGCACACUCACUCGCACCCGUCCCCGGGCAACCCCGGCUACAUGAUCCCCUGCAACUGCAGCGCCUGGCCCAGCCCGGGCCUCCAGCCGCCCCUCGCCUACAUCCUGCUGCCCGGCAUGGGCAAGCCCCAGCUGGACCCCUACCCGGCAGCCUACGCGGCGGCGCUAUGA